GAAUCUGGAAGAUGAAGAGCAGGCAUCACUGCUUAUCAAAAGAGAAGCACUUCAGAGAGCCAUGACACUCAUGACACACCUGCAGCUCAAUGCACAGGCGAAGAUCCGGAGAAUGAUGGACGAGAACAAGCAGCUCGCGCAGCGGAUCGAUGGCGCGAUCCAGUGCGCGAAGCAGGAGGUGGCGAACCUGCGCGCGGAGCUGACAGCCACCGGCCACAGACUGGCGGAACUCGGCGAGCUGGAAGAACCGGGCGAACCGCAAGGACACCAGCUGCAACAACAGAACCAUCACGAUGCACCGGUGCAAAGACAGAAAGCUUUGACAGAGCUUGGUCGAAAAGGUGACGUUGUUCUUCAGGAGAUGUCAUUAGAUAAAGUGCUGUUGCAUGAGGAGGUGGUGCGUCUGCAGGAGGAGGUGUCGGUGCUGAAGCAGGUCAGGGAGAUGUUGAAUCGUGAGCUGGAGGAGACAGGAGGAGGCUGCUCUGUGGAGCUGCUGUCUGUUUCACAGCUCCGCGUGCAGCUAACACAGAAAGAGCAGGAGCUGGACAGAGCAAAGGAGGCAUUGCAAGCAAUGAAGGCAGACAGGAAGCGUUUGAGGUUGGAGAGAACUGAUCUGGUGAAUCAGAUGCAGCAGCUCUACACAACACUGGAGAGCCGUGAGGAGCAGCUACGGGACUUCAUACGCAACUAUGAGCAACACCGAAAAGAGAGUGAGGAUGCAGUGAGAGUUCUGGCAAGGGAAAAAGAUUUGUUAGAACGGGAGAAGUGGGACCUACGCCGACAAACCAAAGAGGCCUCAGAACAUGCAAGUGCACUCCGAUCUGCACUGGACCUGAAAGAGAACAGGAUCAAGGAGCUGGAGGCUGAACUGACUAUGAUGAGUAGCUUUAUGGCUCAGAAACUAGAGAGUCGCGUGUUUGUUCGAUCUCCAGAAAGACCAGCCUCACCCAAAACAGUGUCGGUAAGAUCAGCCAGGCCUGUCACUCAAACCCAAGCCCCUCCACUGAAAGCAUCACCGUGUGUGUGCGAUGCUGACGGCAUCAGCAUGAUGUCAUCAGCCGCAGCCAGGAUCAGUCCGUGUCACUCUAAACAACCGUCAGUCAUCUCAGACGCCUCGGUGAUGGAGGGAGAGAGAUCCUCAACGCCAUCAGAUUCACCGCGACACAGAGCACACUCCCUCUGCAAUUCUCUAGAGAAUCUAGAGGAGCAGAGACGCAGAAAGAAGAAAGAGAGGAUGGGUCUGGGCUCUCUGUCGAGGGUGUUCGGUCGAGGAAAGCAAAGAAAGUCUCUGGACCCCACUCUGUUUGAUGACUCCGACAGUUUAUCAAGCCCCGCCCGCCUCAGUGUGAGCCUAUCAGAAUGCGAGGAGCAUCUGGAUCGGCUUCAGCAGGUGGAGCUCGCGCGGACGGCCCCCAUGUCCCGUUGGCGUGCAGGAACCGUGCAGGCGUGGCUGGAGGUGAUCAUGGCCAUGCCCAUGUACAUACGGGCCUGUGCAGACAACGUUAAAAGUGGGAAGGUCUUGUUAGUUCUUACGAAUGAGGACCUGGAGUUUGUUUUAGGUAUCAGUAAUUCAAUGCACCGCAGGAAACUCCGUCUGGCCAUUGAAGACUACAGGGAUGUGGAAUCAGGACAUGGCCUUUCUAAAGCAGCUGAUCUGGAUCACCACUGGGUGGCUCAGGCCUGGCUGACUGAUGUAGGUCUCCCUCAAUAUUCCCAGUUCUUCCACACUCACCUUGUGGACGGACGUCUCCUAAGUACAUUCACACGCACCGACCUUGAGAAGCAUCUGCACGUGUCUAAAAAAGCCCACCAGAUCAGCCUGCUGCUGGGAAUACAGCUGCUACACACACUCAACUUUGACAAAGAGAUUUUGCAGUCUAGGCGAUCAGAGUGUCAGAAUCAGAACACAGACCCUGUAGUGUGGACCUGUCAUCGCAUCAUCAAAUGGAUCAAAGAGAUUGAUCUGAAGGAGUUUGCUGACAAUCUUCAGAGCAGUGGGGUUCAUGGUGCCAUCAUGGUGAUGGAUCCCUCCUUCAGCUCUGACACCAUGGCAGCGGCUUUAUGUAUUCCAAGCAACAAGCACAUGGUCCGUCAUCACCUGAAUGAAGAGGUGAAGGCACUUGUCAGUGCAGCCAGGGCAGGGCUUGAUCAGGAAGUCGAACCUUUGGGGACUCCGCCCACACUUCACCGGCAAAGUUCUCUAAGCAGCUCAUCACCCAGCUGUCAUGACGAUCAGCAGUCUUUAAGGAGGGUGAAGCAGCAGCUUGGUCUCAGCCCAAAGAAUUUCACUGGGCGAAAGAUCAGUCACCAGAACAGAUCUGGGUCAUUUCCAAGGAAUGGACUUCAGGAGGUCUCGCUACAACGAGAGCGUUGCCCAGUUCUACAUUUUUCUGCUGCUGAGCUCACCAAUGUCUGAGUCAUUCUCCUGUUGAGAUCACUGAUGAAAAACAUGACACUUUCUUAAAGCUCCCAAAUGGGGGAUUUUAUUUUCUUUUUCAAGGUGAAUGUUGAUGAAAUCUCAAUGAAAGUUCACAUUUUCAGUCUCUGGACUCUCAGUUUGCCAGUAGGGGUCUUGGCUUUGCUUUGUAGACCUUAUGUUGUUGUUUGUGACUGUAGACUCAUUUGUCUCAAAGUGAGACAAUGUUAAGAUUCCAUUUGAAAGGGCACACACACUAAAAAUGUAUUUAUCUGUUUAGAUUUUGAUGAAAUUAUUGUCAUGUGCGGGUAAGGAAUGUGUGAGGAAGCAGGUUGAAGCAUCCUGACAAUUAUAACUAUGAUUUUUGAGAACUCCACAAAGAAAAUUGUGUUAAAGUUGGAUUUUUUUCCCCAAUAAAAUGAAUAUUUUCACAUUUAAUGUGUACAUUUUAGAAAACAGACUCUGAGAACAUUAGAUUUAGUACCACAAAAAUACUGUAAAAUGUUGUGUUAUACAGUACAUCAUUAU